CGGGGAUCAAAUUGAAAUUACGUCAUUUCCGGCGUCCACUAACCGUCUCUGUAUACAAACCGCGGAUUUUUGAAAGUAAUCGUUGUUGUCGUAGCGUCAGUCAGAAGAGCAGUUCUUUGUGACACUCGUAAACAGAUCGUAACAGAACAUCAUGCCGUCCAUUACAGACCCAAAUUUGAGUGACAGGUUCACCAGUGCGAUGGAGGAGAUCCACAAUAAACACCUUAAAGCAUAUGCUGACAUAAUUGACACAACUGCAGAGCUGUCUCACAAUCACAGAGAGUUUUUAAAGUCUGCACUCGAAGCAUGUUUGAAGAAAUGCAAGGAUGACGAGAAGCUGUUUGAGACAAUACAGGAAUACAAAAGGGACCUGGAGCAAAAAAAAAAAGCAUUGAAGGAGACACGGGACACCUUAUCAGAGAUGAUGUCUGAGGUUCAGGAGAAAGAGAUGCAGAAAGAAGACAUCAUCCAGAAAAUUCAGAAUCUUAAAGAACAACAAAUGAAGAGAGAAGAGUUUAUCGAGUCUCAGAAUAGAGCAAACAAAGACAGGCUGAGGAAUCUCCAGAAAGCCAGACUGGUUUUCCAGAAUCAUUUGGGGCUGGAGAUUCGAACCAUUAUGGACAAGACACAGUUGGUCAAAGGUGAAAAGUUGCAGUUUGUUUUCCGAAGCAUCAGUCUAUCGGACCAGGACAGCCCUUACGUCAUAACCAUGGGGAUUAAGGAAGACGGAUCUUACCAGAUUGUGUCGAGCGACCCAGUGCUCGAGUGUUUGCCAUUAUUGGAAAGCCGACUCCAGGAGACCAAUAAUUUACCAGCGUUCUUGGCAAACGUCAGAAAGGAGUUUAUCUCCAAGGCUCGGCCCUGAGAAUGGACAGGCUGCUUACAAAGAGGGCUGUGGUGUUUUCACUGCAAUACAGACUGGAGGAAAGGAUGGCUACGUUGGAGAGCGAUAAUUCAUCUGUAAUUGAACUGCCAACUCCAGUGUUAAGACAACGAAUUUCGAUUUAAAUUUCUGUGCUGUUUUUUGCCUCAUUGAGAAGAGCUUAGUGAUUUUAUAUCUUAACACAAGUGGACACAUAUUGGAAUUACAGAACCUUGACUUUUGAAUGGACCAAGAAACCAAUCAUUUAUAAGUAAACAGUUUUCAUUUGUUUCUGUUUUAAAAUCAGUUUUCGUUUUACAACCAGCAGAAACAUCAAUGUCUUUCUACCCCUGUGUAUAUUCUCCAUAUCAAUGUUAAUAAACUACAUGUUCUUUAA